GGGCGUGGCCGAAAGGAGAGUUUACAAGUUUGAGUCGGAAAGUCGUGUCGAAGUGUGCGCAAGAGGAGAAGAGGUGCAGGACGCAGGGAACCUGGCUCGCUGGCUGGGUACGCAAAGGCUGGGGGUGCACCGUGACGCAGCGGGAGCGCGAGCGCAAGCGCAAGGCAGGCCGCCUCUCUGCUCCAAGGCUCGGGCCAAGACCAUGCUGGCGAGAGGAUGGGGGACGAGCCAAGAGUUUCCCCGCUCAAGAACUUUGUGGCCGGGGGGUUCGGCGGAGCGUGUCUGCUGCUGGCUGGACACCCGCUGGACACCAUCAAGGUGAGACUUCAAACUCAGCCCAAAGCCUCCUCGCUGUCUCGCUACGUCGUCUACACGGGAACUUUGGACUGCUUUCGUAAGACCGUCUCCAAAGAGGGCAUCCUGGGCCUGUACAAAGGGAUGGGUGCACCGCUGCUGGGUGUGGCCCCCAUGAUGGCCAUCAGUUUCUUUGGCUUUGGUUUGGGGAAGCAGCUCCAGCAAACAAAACUUGGUCAAGAGCUAACGCACACUCAAAUAUUCCUGUCGGGAUGUCUGGCGGGGGUCUUCACAACUGUGAUCGUGGCUCCGGGAGAGAGGAUUAAAUGCUUACUGCAGGUGCAGGCUGGUGGCGGCCCAUCCAAAUAUUCGGGUCCUCUUGACUGCGCCACACGUCUCUACAAGGAAAAGGGCAUCCGCAGCGUCUACAAAGGGACGCUGCUGACUCUCAUCAGAGAUGUGCCUUCUAAUGGUCUCUACUUUCUGACCUAUGAAUACUUGAAAAAAUUCCUGACUCCAGAAGGUCAAAGCGUUUCACAACUUGGCCCCGCCUAUAUUCUGCUCGCUGGCGGCGUGGCUGGACUCUUGAACUGGACCAUUGCGUUACCCCCAGAUGUCCUUAAGUCCAACUUUCAGACAGCCGCAGACGGCAAGUACAGAGGUCUGCUGGACGUCUUGAGGACGCUGCUUCGAGAGGAAGGAGCCAAAGCGCUCUAUAAAGGCUUCAACGCCGUCUUCCUCCGAGCUUUUCCCGCCAACGCCGCAUGUUUCUUGGGCUUCGAAGUCGCCUUAAAGGGUUUGAACUGGCUGGCACCCGGCUGGUGACCUUUUGAGCUACUGUGGCCAACAAAGUGCUGGGACCGCGCUGCUGCCGAAUUUCCAUGUUUAUAUGGAGCCCCAGACAUGACAUAGAGAGAAACAUUUUUAAUUGUUUCUAAGAUAUUGAUCAAAUGCGUGCCCAAAAUGUUUAUUUAUUGUCACUGGCCUUGUUGGGUAAGCAAAUUGAGUGUACCUUAGAAAGGUGAGGGUGUGCGCCUUGGUAUUAAAGCCACAAAUUAGUAUUAUAUUGCCAUGAAUAUGCUUUGUGUAUGGGUCUUUUGUAAUUGUCGCCACAAUUUAUUCAGUCAGUUUGGUUGCAUAUAAGGAUAACCGACUAUUAUCUUCUAUUUCGUGGACCAUUUUGAGAUCUACAUUUGAUCUCGUAUCUUUUAUUUGAAAUGUUUAAAGUGCAUGAACACUUUUGGCACCGUUUUCAAUAAAGCUUUUUUUUUUUUUGACAA